AUGGAUUAUAACCCAUUAAAGAUGCCUUGUGAUUGGAAUGUAGCCAGAAAACAUGCCUUAGCCAGACGAACUGCUCCUGAUACUAAGGCUCAUCAUGAUGAAGAUGAUGAUGAAGAACCUAAAAAACGUAUUUUUAAUUUGAUAUUCAGCUGAAACAUGUCCUUGUUGUGGUUUUGAAAUAGAGAGAAAGGAAAUUCCAUAUUGUGAUGAUAUUAAAUCACUCAAAUUUUUAGGAGCAGGUUUUCCAUUAUUUUAUAAUUUUUUGAAAUUCUGCAUACUGUUAUUAUGUUUACAAAGUCUUGUAGCUAUUUUCAAUGUUUUAAGUAAUUAUCAUGGUGAAUUUUGCGAGUAAAUCUAAUAGUUAUUUAGGUAAUAAUCCUUGAAUCCAGUUUCAUAAUAGAUGGAACCUAAUUGUCAAGAUUCUUUAUUCCUUAAAUUAUCAAUAGCUAAUAAACUAAAGUAAUUAUAUUCAUAUUAAUUUAGCAACUCAGAAGUUGUUGUAUUUAUUCAAAAGGCCAAUCUUAUUAUGCUUAUUAUAAUGAUCAUUCUACUAUAAUUUUUUAGAAGACAUCAAAAGAAAUUAGAUAAUUAAAUAGAUGAAUCAUAAUUAACUCCUAGUGAUUAUACUAUUAUGGUGACAAAUAUUCCUAAAACUUUAAAUGUUAAUUAUAGAUGGGAAUUGACAAAUUUAUUUUAGAAUUAUGCAGUAUCAGAUACAAACUUUUAAAUAACUGUUACUAAAGUUGUUUUAGUUUAUGAUAUAACAGAAAUUAUGACAGAGGAAGCUAAAAUAGAAAAAUCAUUAUAAAAGAAAAAGAUUGCUUUAUAGACAUCUAAUAUGAAAUAUGAUUGUUAAGAUGUAAGAGAUUGUGAACUAGAAAUUGAAGCAUCACAAAAGAGAAUUAAAGAUUUAUAAGAAGAGUACUUUUGGACUAAUAGAUAAUUCAGUGGCAUUGCUUUUGUAUCAUUUGAAAGUGAAAAAAUGAAAGAUUUAGUUCUUAGUUAAAAUACACAUACAUUAUUAGAUAAAGUGAAAACAUUUUUAUAUUCUGGUAAAACUCCAGGGUUAGAUGAAAUGGAAUUGUAAUGGUAGGCUUAAAAACUAUUUCUUGAAUAAGCACCUGAACCUAAUGAUAUCUUGUGGGAAAAUCUUGCUACUUUAACUCAGGAUAAGAUAGUUGCUAGAAUCAAAGGAUUCUUUAUUACAAUUAUUGUUUAAGGAAUUACAUUCUUUUUUAUUUAUUAUUUAUCUAUACGAUGUAUUAGAUUAGUUUACAAUGAAGAACUUGAAAAAAGGAGGAUUGGAGUUGAUGAUAAAGAAAAAUUAAAAAAUGUUUAAACUAUUUCAUUUGCUAUUGCCUCAACUAUUGUUUUAGUUAAUAAAAUAUUAAUUGAACCUUUAAUGAAAUGGAUAACUAAAAUAGAGAAAAUAUCUACUAAUACUAAAUUUUAAAUAUCAUAUGCAAAUAAAUUAACAAUUUCUUUAUUUGUUAAUGCUGCAAUUGUUAGUUAUGUUAUUGAUAUCUUGAUAUUUAGUAAUGUAUAUGGAUUUGGUGGAUUUUUGUAUAAUGAAUCUUUGAUAUUUAUAAUGAAUGCUGCUAUUGCCCCAUUAAUUUGGUUUAUUGAUCCUUGGACUUUGAUAAGAAAAUUAUAAAGAGACCAUUAAGCUUAAAAAGUUAAUGAUUGUUUACUUACAUAAAAGGAAGCAAAUGAAAUAAUGGAAGAAGUUGAUUAUUAAUUGGCAAUGAGAUAUGCAGACAUAAUUAAAACUAUGUGGUUUACCUUUUUUUUUGGUACUGCUAUCCCUAUAGGUGUAUUCAGUUCUUUAAUUGGUUUAUGUUUAUUUUAUCUUAUUGAUAAGUAUAAUAUAUUAAGAAGAAGAACAGUAAAAGAGAGUAUAUCAUAAGAAUUAUCAUGGUAAAUGAUUAAUAUGCUUGAAUUUAUUGUCUUAUUUAAUCCUUUGGGUAAUACAGUAGUCUCAUUAUUUCUUAACUAAAACUUUGAUAUUUUUUCAACAAUUGGAGUAAUUAUAGGAUUAAGUUUUUAAAUCUUGCCAAUACAUCGUUGUGUUGAUAGUAUGUUUCCAAUUAGAAAUUUUGAAGAAGUAUUAAUUAUUUUAUGAGUUUAGCCUGUGUCAUAUAAAAAAGCUUAGAUAGAAUUUGAUACUGAUUAUGAUAGAGAGAAUCCUGUAACAAAAUAAAAAGCAAUUGCUGAGUAUUCUUUGUAGUUGUAAGGUAUUACAUAAGACAGGAAGGUGGAAUAUUAAAUUAUGCAUGAAAAUCAUUAUUGA